UUCGAUGCAUGUGCAUGACGAGCGUGAACGAGCGCACCAGAGCGCACGAACGCGAGAUUUGUGGAAGCUGCGUGUUUACACAAACGCGCCUGCGAUGCCGUCUAUUAUUCGAGGGGGGGACGGUGUACGUCGCAAAUUAAUCACCCGACUUCGCGCCUCACGCAUUCUUUACGUCUGUUCGACUACAUCUCUGCUGUUUACGAGCAUGUUGGAAGUCGCGCUCGCGUUAAAUGCGUGUACCAAAUAAACGAUCGUGACUGUUAUAUAUCAUCUAAGUUUGCUCGUGGAACGUGUGAUGAAACACUCAAGUUUGCUCGAUACACGUAUCACUUGCGACAUUUUACUAAAAGAUAUAUAUUUUAUUGUGAAUAAUUGUUUGUGCUCCUCAAUUGUGUCGAUCAAGCGCUCCGUUAAAAGUCUUUUUGGAGUCUUUGGAGUAAACCAGAGAGUUGCGCCAUAAAUUUCACAAAAUUGCAUCUGUACGUUGUUUAUAUGUUCUUUACAUUUACAUACUUUACGUUUACAUGAAACUUCUUCAGAUAUCAGAAGAAUACGUGCAUGUUUUGGAGUGAGAGUGUUUCAAUGUUUCCAAAGACUCUUUAAUUGAUGAACAGAAAACACACAACAUACACACACACACACAUAUCCAAAAGAUAUAAGAGAAACAGGAACAUGGACAGAGAACGUGGUGCAACCUACGCGGGAGGUGAUAGCCACCUACUCGAAUACUGGGAGGAAUAUCAGAAAAUGAUAGAGGAGACAAAAAUGUUGGAUGAUUAUUUAGAAGAAGAGUGCAGCCCCCGAAGUUAUGAUGAAGGAGAAGAAGAAGCUGAAUGGUUACGUGCAGCAGGCUUAGGGCAAUUAACAGAGGCAUGGAAAGCAGGCAGGGAAGUGCAACCUGAAGAAUUAGGAGUGGCUUUACGUCCUUUGUCACGGGUCCAAGCAGAAGUUGUGAAACGUCGCGUGAGAUCGCUCAAUCAUACAGUCAAGCAACGUUUUAAUCAGCGCCAACGUGUUCGCAAACCAGAUAUUAGAGAUGUCUUUAAAGAUGUAGAGGUCUCCAGUACGGGUACGCGAUCACGUAGUGCCACUCCUGAUUCUUUAGAUUCAAUUCGAGGUCCUACACCAGAAAACACAUCACCUCCUUCACCUCCAACAGUCACUGUGAUUGAGGAUACCCAUCAAAACACUAGUGUUCCAAGUUUUGUUUCUAUAUUUCACCGUACGUCGAAUGAAGGAAAAACAACGGUUCGUAGGACACCAAGUGCUCCUCAAACAGUUCUCAAUUCUAUGUCAGUGUCUGCUCCAACUUCUGUACCUGUGCAAGAAAUUUUUAGGAGAACUGGCAAUUGGUCGAGAGGAAAUGUUGCAAAUGAUUCUGAAGGAAUUCAGUUGACCGGUUAUCAUAGAUUGGGGACAAUACAUAUCGCCAGGCCAAUUCAGAGGCAUGAUAACGAUAAUAAUGAUGUGGCAAGUUUAGAUGACGAGUCAGUUAGAAAAUUGACCGUAUCAAAGGAAUCGACUCUUCGACGGAGUUCAGGAAAUCACGCGGCAGUAACGCGAAGUCACAGCAGUUUAUACGGCUUAACCAGACCAGCAGAUGAAAACUUAAUAGCUCGUCCAUUAAGUCGUACAUCGUCGCAUGGUCAUCUUAGUUUCGAAGAAAUGUGUAAAACCAACGAGGCCAAAUCUCAAGUGUGGCCUUCCGACAGUCUUAUGACCGAUGAUGAUUAUGCUCGACAAGAUGUAGAAUUGUUGUCACAACGAGAUUUUAUGAGAUUACAGCCCCUUUUAUGGCUCGAGCUAACGGCGAUUUUUGAUAAAUAUAAUAUACCGCUUACAAGACGAAAACCCAAUAAGCGACGGAGGAAAACUGGAAACUUGUUUGGCGUUUCUUUGUCAACGCUACUACUCAGGGACAGUCAACUGACAAGCGAAGAAAACAACAUACCAUUGGUGUUUCAAAAGAUCCUUAAUGAAUUAGCAAAACGUGGAAUAAGAGAGGAAGGUAUUCUUCGUGUUGGGGGCCAUAAGCAGAAGGUGGAAAUAAUUUGUACCGAGUUAGAAACAGAUUUUUAUUGUAAACCAAAGGAGAUGGAUAAACUGUUUAAACGUACUCCAUGUCACGAUUUGUCGGCUGUUUUGAAAAAAUUAUUACGUGAUUUGCCGCAGCCUCUUCUUACUGUUGAACUGAUUGAUGCUUUCUAUCAAAGUCAUGGUGUUAAGAAUCCCAAUGACUUGGUGUAUUCUCUCAAUUUGUUGGUGCUAUUACUGCCUGUCGAGCAUCGGUGUACUUUAGAGGCAUUACUGAACUUCCUGAAGCUGGUCAUCGAAAAUCAGGCGUCAAACAAAAUGUCGAUACACAAUGUAGCAAUGAUAGUGGCACCAUCGCUCUUCCCACCUCGAUAUGUUCAUCCUCGAGAUCAUACCGACCUGACCGCCCAGGUUAACAUGGCCGCUAUAUGUUGUCAAGUAACGGAGGCUUUGCUUAGCAACGUCGAUAAAUUAUGGUACGUUCCGAUGGAGCUCAUCAAUCAAUUACGGAGACAAUCUGAAGUGGACAGAUAUCGCAAAUAUAAGAAAAAAUAUUCCUGAUUAUAAUUAGAUAACUUAGAUUAUUAUUAUAUAUGCAUAAUAUUUCAAACUAUUACUUUUAUAUUAACCCUCCGUGAUCUAAUAUUUUUUCUGUUUUCCUAGUCCAACCGGAUCACUCUGGUGCCUGAUAACGUUUUUUAAAGUAUUUUUGGGCUCUGAAAAAAAUUUCAAACUAUUCUGAUACACUCUUUCAACAUUCCAGAAUACAAUUUCACAAUUGUUUGACCCAAAGUGGUUUUUGCAUUUUUUUUUGUACAUGUUCAAAUUUGAGGCAGAAUCGGCAUAAUUUGUUGUUGCAUUAAAAAAUGCACAACUUUUUUUGCUUGCAUAAAAAACUUUUUUAGCUUCCAAAUAGUCAACGGUUAAUUACUUACGAAAAAAAUAGUACUAUGGUGCCUGCUUCAAAAAAAUAUAAUUAUUUAAUGACAUUAAUUUUGGUUUAUAGAAAAUAGGAAACAAAGAUAAUAUAAAAUAAAAAAAAAAUAUUUUUUACAAAGAAAAUCAGUAUUUUAUUAUAAAAUUGGUCACUUAAAAGGUUUUUGUCACAUUUUCUUAUUUUUUUUAAGAAGAUGGAAUUUCAUCUGCAGAGCAUUCUAUCAUCUCAAUAUAGAUUUGUUCUGAAUCUCUGUAUUACAAUAAAAAUAAUUUUUUACUUAUAUUUCGUAUCAAAAUUAGGAUUAAAAGUAGUUAAAAAACGUGACGAAUACAACUUCGCUGAUACAAUCGAGUCAUUGGUGCUGGUAGCACGCGCUCGACUUGCUGCUAUACAAAAUAACCGACAGAAUACGGCGUCAUUUGGCUGAUAAGUUCUCACUAUCAACUUUGGGGGGGGGAAGAGGAGGAGCCGAUCCUUUCCGUUUACCAUCAAACGAAUAAUUUAAAAUUUAAAAUUCGCCUGUGCCUUCAAAGUCCCAAUUGGAUCUCGGAGGGUUAAUAGAUAGGUUGUGCAAUAUAUCGACAGAUCGAAUUUUAUAAGAAUAAUCUUAGGUAAUUCUAAAAAUAUGUUGCAUCCAUAAUAUUCUGAAUAAUGAUAGUGCCUAUCUAUGUAUCAUGAGAUCUGCAGUUUUCUUUUAUAUAAUAAAUUAUAAGAUGUGUAAUUAAUUAAUGUUACUAAAGCAUUUUUUAAUUCUCAUUAGUUAAUUAUGAUACAUUACAUUUCACCUCAUCUUUCAUAAUUAUAAUUAACUGUAGUACUAUACUAUAUUAUUAUACUAUAUUGUUUAUCAGUUUGCAUAUGUAAUGAUUCGUCUAAAGAUGCAAUAAUUUAACAUAGAGAUAGAGUUUUUUCUUUUGGUGUAUUCAAAAUUAAGUACAAUUUUUAUAAGAACAAAUUUUUUUAUACAAUUUUUUUUAAUACAUGCAAGUUGAGAAAUUUUAUUUUAAUCGAGAUCUUAUGUCGCAACAAAUAUCAGUUUGUAUAUUAUGAUUGCAUAAAGUAUCAGUUCAUACACAGAAGAAUGUAUUCUUGCGUUGUAUCUAUAAAUCUCUUCUUCUUAACUCUAUUAUUAUAUUUAUUUAUGAUUGAUAACCAGCAGUAUACAGCAAGAUAAAAUAUAUGACAAUAUAUCCAUGUAUUACAUAAUUUUGUAUAUUGUAAUACAAGAAGUGACAUUUCAGAUGUUAUUAUAGCAUUAAGUUUCAUAAUUUAUUAUUGUUAAUUACAGUCUGUGUGGAUCCUCAUUAGGAUUAUUAGAAUUUUAAUUCUUUAUUCAAAAUAUGUAUCUGUUUUCAAUUAAUUUAUGCGACAGUUUGGUCGCAUAAAUUAAGAAGUCAUGAUCAGUCAGAAAGCCAAAAAAUAUGUAAUUUUUGAGAAUUUUUUGCAAAAACUAUAAGAUUUUUAAAAAUGUGUUCGUAUAUGUGAAAAAGUAUAUUGAACAUAAUUUUUGUUAAUAAAAAAUAUUAAUAAAGAAGAAUAGCAAUUCUCCCGAAGAUCCUUUUAAAAUAGUUGUUUUGCGGUUAUCACUGUUGCGCGGAUAAUACGAAAUAUUGAUUUGGGACAAAAUGUUAAAAGUUUAUAAAAUUUUGAUUUUAAUGAAUCGUUUGUUCUUCAGUUAAAAAAAAUUGCAUCAAAGAAAAAAUCCUUCGUUCAAGAACUAGUUUUAUAUGUCUAUCUAUAAAAUUUGAAAUAAAUUGACACAGUAGUUUUCAAGAUAUCUUGAUCACCAAUUUUGAAAAUGCGAUUUCGAGAUAAGCUUGUUUAAAACUUCAAGACUGGUAUACUUAAAUAAAAUAUUUAUUUUUUUACACAUAAUUAUCCAUUCCUAUGUAGUAAAUAAAUUUUAUAAAGAGGUAAUCCAAAACAUCUAUUUUUGAUGCUGCCGAUUAAGCACUUUUUCGUUUUAGGCGCAAUAUAACUGCUUAAUUCUAUCGAAUAAAGUGUAUUUCGAACGUUUCUAACUUCAUCAAUUUUAAUUGGAUUAACUUGAAAUUUUCAGGGAAUAUUCUCCAAAUGUGUACUUACAGGAAAUGUCAAAAUGCAAAAAUAAAUUUUUUUUUGAAUUUUCUGACUGACAAUGAGUGUGACCCUUUAAUCAACUGGUAACAUGGUAUUUUGGCUUGUAUAAAAAUGCAUAUCAGACUAAUUAAAAGAGAGAUUACUAUUAAGUUUUGUUAAUAUAUUUUUAAAAAAUCCAAGAUGAUAUAUUUAGUAUCAAGAGAUACGCGGUAGUGUCUCGCGCCAAGUGAACGCGCAGCGAGACGGACCGCGUCUCUUUAUCAUUUAUUAGGUGAUCACAUAGUUAUUUUAUAUUUAUUCAAUGAUAUCAGUAAUGUGUCUAUAAAUCUCAUAGGAUUGGAAACUACGAAAAUCCAUUAUAUAUAGGAUAACGUUAUGAAGAGGAAGAAAUAAGAUUUCUAAUGUUUGUGUCAUUGUGACGUGUUUUCACAAAGAGUGUAUUAUCUUUACCAUUUGAUAUGCCAUAUUAUUGUAAGAUUUUGUACAUAUUUCAUAAAUUGUUAUAUUCGCGUUAAUAAAGUGCCAAAGAAAACAAAA